CCUUGCCCGCCGUCGUGAUCUUCGUCGAGGCAUUUGCGGUGUAGAGAAAUAGGACAAGGGACCAAACGCGGCUAGGGUGUAUAUUUAUACAUUCAUAUUUCGCUGAAAGUUUAGCAGUAUUGAAAAAGCAUAAUGACCGAUAAAAUGGAUAUGUCUUUAGAUGACAUAAUCAAACAAAACAGGCAGCAGAGAGGUGGAGGCCGCGGUGGAAGAGGCCGUGGCCGGGGAGGCGCAGGCGGGGGCCGAGGAGGUAGUGUUGGGCGACUCGGAGGCACCGGGGGAGGAUUUGGAGGCCGAGGCGGCGGAUCCGGCCCAAUGAGGAACCGACAGAACCUGAACCGCGGUAGAGGCAGACCGGCACCUUACAGCAGGCCAAAGCAGCUCCCGGAUAAGUGGCAGCAUGACAUGUUCGACAAUGGCUUCAAUGCCAGUGCCGGAGGCGGCGGUGGAGCUGGUGUGGAAACUGGUGGAAAACUCCUCGUCUCCAAUCUCGACUUUGGAGUUUCAGACGCAGACAUUCAGGAACUGUUUGCAGAGUUUGGGACUCUGAAAAAGGCAGCGGUUCAUUACGACAGGUCUGGAAGGAGCCUGGGCACUGCAGAUGUCCACUUUGAAAGGAGGGCAGAUGCUUUGAAGGCCAUGAAACAGUACAAUGGCGUCCCACUUGAUGGGCGCCCCAUGAAUAUACAGCUUGUUACCUCACAGAUUGACACACAAAGGCGACCUAUGCAGGGCCUGAACAGAGGCGGUGGAGGCAUGAAUAGAAAUCGCGUCGGUGGUUUUGGCGGCAUGCAGAGAGGACGCGGUCGUGGUGCAGGUAGAGGCAGAGGUCGAGGCAGCCGUGGUGGAAGCAAACAGCAGCUAUCUGCAGAAGAGCUUGAUGCCCAGUUAGAUGCCUACAAUGCCAGGAUGGAUACCAGCUAAGAGUUGAAGCCAUUCGUCCACUUGUCUUCUCCUGCCUCCAUUGCAAAGCAGUUGUAACAGCAUUGGAUUGUGCAGGAUAGUUUACAUUUGGAUGUGAUUUGAAGUUUGUUUUAACUUUUUUCCUCCUUUUAAAUGCUCCAGUUUUAUACCAAUUUGUUUAUUUUUUCGUUUGAAGAAAAAAAUGGUUUUGACUGUAGGUUACAGCUGUUAGAUGUCCCCUGUUUGUUACCCAGUUCUUUUCCUGUUGAUAUAAUAAAACCUACAGUAUAUAUUAACCAUAA